AUGAAUUCGUCAGAUUGGCUUGAUGCAGCUUCAAACACCUCCGCUGAUGGGUUUAUUGCCCGCCACUUCACCAACACCUCCCUGGGCUAUCGAUUACUCGAGCGCCUGACCCUUACAAACCUCCGGCAUGCUUUCUAUUUAAUAUCGCCUUAUGAGACUACUGUGUCGACCAUCGAUGAGGUCCCAAAUUAUAAUAUACAGGUAUCUGCCUGGUGGUUCAUCUUCAUUAUCGUGGAACUGGCGCUCCUAAAAUUCACAGAUCAUGAAGAUCGAUUUGCGCUCAACGACUCAAUCACGUCGAUCUGUGCAGGAAUGCUGUCACAAUGCUUCAAAUUUUCUGGACGGGCCGUGGCGAUCUUUGGCUACUUAUUUAUUUGGGAGAAUUGUGCCUUGCUGCGACUACCAUUAGAAAGCCCCUGGACUUGGAUUCUAUGCCUGUUCUUCCAAGAUUUCAUGUAUUACUUGGGUCAUCGAGCAGUGCAUGAAUUCGGCUUCUUCUGGGGCCUGCAUACAAUCCACCAUAGCAGUGAAUACUACAACUACACGACAGCACUCCGCCAAGCGGCUAUUCAAGACGCUGGGCUGGCGCUGUAUGAUUGUUUGCAGGCCUUCUUCAUCCCACCCCCAAUCUUCCUCGUCCAUCGAUAUUUCUCCGAAAUUUUCCAAUUCAUCAUGCAUACCAGCAUUCUCGAUGAUUUUGGGCCUUUGGGGUUGGUGUUUAAUACGCCAUCACACCAUCGUGUUCAUCAUGGAAGAAAUCCUUAUUGCAUUGAUAAGAACUUCGGAGGCGUGUUCAUCAUUUGGGAUAGGCUUUUCGGUUCUUUCGAAGCAGAAAGGAAAGAUGACCCUCCGGUCUAUGGUCUUAUCCAUCAAGAAAAGAACUUCAACCAAUUCUGGCUCCAGUUCCACACCCUCUGGGAAAUGCUCUUUUGCAAAGCGCACAUGAAAGAUACAGAUGGGAAGCCAGUUUUCCCGGGAUGUUUAAAUAAGUUCAAAGCAGCGCUAUAUCCGCCUGGCUGGUUCCCGGGAGUGAAAACUGUUACAUUUUUCCACUGGAAAACAUUGGUCGAUCCAGCACAUGGAGUUCCUGAGCCCGAACGCCCGGUCGUAAAAUACAAUCCACCACUAGAACUUUGGAUUAAGCUGUAUUUAAUGGCUUAUUUCGGAAUUUUCCUUUCUAUCUUCUUCCACUUUGAAUACGAUCGGCCGCAUUUAUCGUAUGCCGAUUUUUCUGCAAAAAUCGCCUUCUUUCUGCUAACAAUGCAGUGCUACGGCGGGUUCUUUGAUAAACGAUCCUGGGCCCCAAUAGCCGAAAGCCUACGGUGCCUUGGCGUGGUCGGGUAUUACGGUGUACUGCUAUGGACGGACGGUGGAACCGGAACGCAUCGGAUAUCAAUCAUGACUAUCCACGCGACGGCAGCCGCUGUUUGGGCAGGAUAUGUUGCACAAAAAUGCGUGCAAAAGAAGAAAACGGCUCCGGCAAAGACUGAACCAACCGUAGCUACCAUCCAGGUUCACAUUGAGACAAUACCAACAAAUACUCCACCACCACCGUACACAAAAGAACCA